AAGCUAAGGUUUUGAAAUGGGUUCUCUUGGGGGAAGUCUUCUCUCGAGUUUAUAUGCAGAAACCCAGGGUUUUGAAAAGGGUUCUCUUGGGCUAGGUCUUCUUUCGAGGUUAUAUGCGGAAACCCGUGAUUUCUUAUGCAAGUGUAUAUGGAAUGUGGUCAUCUUUGGCCCAAAACCCAAACAUGUUGCAGUUAUAAUGGAUGGAAACCGACGAUUUGCACGAAAGCAUCAUCUUAAAGAGGUGGAUGGCCAUAAAAUUGUGCUACUCUCUUUGAUGUCCACCCUUACCUGUUGCUAUGAAAUGGGGGUGAAAUAUGUGACUAUCUGUGCUUUUAGCAUCGAUAAUUUCAAGAGAAGGUCUGAUGAAGUCCAAUUUCUCAUGGAUCUUCUGUAUGAGAAGAUUGAAAAUAUAUUGAAAGAAGAGAGCAUUGUGAACCGGUAUGGAAUUCGAGUGACAUUUCUUGGAAAUUUGGAACCUAAUAUUAGGGAAGCAGCUGAGAGAGCCAUGAAUGCGACUGCUAAAAAUGAUAAUGUGGUUUUAUCAAUCUGUGUGGCCUAUUCUUCUACGAACGAGAUCACACGAGCUGCCCAAGGGGCUUGUACUGAACGGUUUAAGAUUCGGUUGGGCUCGAAUUUGACUAGUGGGGCAAUAAUGGAGAAUGUUCACAAGCGUGAUGGAGAAAAUAAUGUGAUUAAAGUUUCUGAUUUGGAGAGGCAUAUGUUCACAGCUGGGUGUCCUGAACCUGAUCUAUUGAUCAGAACUUCAGGAGAGACCAGGCUAAGUAAUUACCUUCUUUGGCAAUCUUCCCACUGUUACUUGCAUAUCUCUAAUGCGCUUUGGCCUGAGUUCGCACUCAGGCACAUGUUAUGGGCUGUUUUGAAGUAUCAGAGGGUGAAGCCUUAUCUGGAGAAGAAGAACAAGAAGAUGGUCUGAUCGGUUCAUUUCAAUAAGAAUUCAACUCUCUCUCUCUCUCUCUCUCUCUCUCUCUCUCUCUAGCAGAAACAUAGUGUUAUAAUGAAGUUUCCAUAUGAUUUCUAGGAAUAACUCUCUCUCUGAAGCAGAAACAUAGUGUUAUAAUGAAGUUUCCAUAUGAUUUCUAGGAAUAACUCUCUCUCUGUAGCAGAAACAUAGUGUUAUAAUGAAGUUUCCAUAUGAUUUCUAGGAAUAACUCUUUUGUUGCUUAAAAACUGUAUAAUUAACUAAUUAGAGUGAGCUUGCAAAGGA